UGGUUAGGGGGAGGGGGAGGAUAGAAAAAAACAUUUUGGUUUUAAAAUUUUGUUUUACCUAUUUUACAAAUUACAAGUUACAUUGACUUACUAUAAAAAUUUUGAUAAAACAUUUAUUAUAUUACAUAAUAAUUAAAAGUUUGUAAUAUUAGUGCUUCUAGUUAUUUUUUUUUUUUUCAAAAAAGCUACAACUACAAAUCUACAAUACUUUCCAUGAAUCGGGUUGGGCUUGAUAAUCCCACUCAAGUCUGAACAAUAAACUAUUGAUGAACCUCUUUUCUUGACCCCCUCCUCAAGGCUCAAGGGCGUCAAGUUGUUAGUAUAAAAUUACAUUCUCUCUCCUCUCUUUCCCCUCUCUCACGUUCUCCAUCCCCUCCAAUUCUCAUUCUCAUUCUCACCCUUUCUUUCUCCUCCAUUACUAAACACAAAAUUCUGGAUCAAAAAAAUGGCUCGAAAUCAAUCCCUCCAAAUCCUAAAACAACUAACAUCACCCGCCCUACGAUGUUGCACCACUCGAUCGGUAACCUACAUGCCUCGUCCAGGCGACGGUGAUACACGCACGGUGACGCUUAUCCCAGGUGACGGGAUCGGACCUUUGGUAACAGGCGCAGUAGAACAAGUAAUGGAAACCAUGCAUGCUCCUAUUGUUUUUGAGAAAUACGAGGUUCAUGGUAACAUGAAGAAGAUUCCAGAAGGUGUUGUUGAAUCUAUUAAAAAAAAUAAGGUUUGCAUCAAAGGUGGGUUGAUGACACCUGUCGGUGGUGGGGUCAGUUCUUUGAAUGUUCAUCUGAGAAAAGAGCUUGAUCUUUUCGCUUCUCUUGUUCAUUGUUUUAAUGUUAAGGGACUUCCUACACGUCAUAGAAAUGUUGAUAUUGUUGUCAUUAGGGAGAAUACUGAAGGAGAGUAUGCUGGCUUGGAGCAUGAGGUUGUUCCUGGUGUUGUUGAAAGUCUUAAGGUGAUAACAAAGUUCUGCUCUGAACGUAUUGCACAAUAUGCAUUUGAAUAUGCUUACUUGAACAACAGAAAGAAAGUGACUGCUGUUCAUAAGGCCAACAUCAUGAAACUUGCAGAUGGGCUUUUCUUAGAAUCUUGCCGGGAGAUUGCAGCACAGUAUCCUACCAUCGAGUAUAAUGAGAUAAUUGUGGACAACUGCUGCAUGCAGCUCGUGUCAAAGCCUGAGCAAUUUGAUGUGAUGGUUACACCUAAUCUAUAUGGAAAUCUUGUGUCUAACGUUGCUGCUGGUAUUGCUGGAGGAACUGGGGUCAUGCCAGGAGGUAACGUUGGUCCCGAUCAUGCUGUAUUCGAGCAAGGUGCUUCAGCAGGAAAUGUAGGAAAGUCAGAACUGGUAGAGGAUAAGAAAGCAAAUCCUGUGGCUUUGCUUCUGUCUUCAGCUAUGAUGUUGAGGCAUCUCCAGUUCCCUUCAUUUGCUGAUCGGUUAGAGACCGCAGUGCAACGUGUUAUCGAAGACGGCCAGUACCGGACUAAGGAUCUUGGUGGUAAUAGUACUACUCAAGAAGUUGUUGAUGCUGUUUUAGCCAAUCUUGGUUGAUAAUUUUCCUACAUUUCCUUACCACAUUGCACAUUAUUUUGAUUGUCUUCUUGCAACAUAGAAUAACUUAAUUCUUUGGGGGGUGAUAAUUCUUUCCUUGGUAGAUUUUUCCCUUUUUUCUCAACUUUUUGAACAUGGGAAAUUCUUUCAUUGAUCAACUACUGAAGUUUUGUGUUCUCUUAGGUUUGAGGAUUUUUGUACCAGUUUUGUUUUUGUUAUGAGAUACUCAAAUUACUUCAUUAAUAAAUAUAAAGAAUGUUCAGAGGUUAAUUUUUUAAAGAGAAAUACCCAAAAUCAAAAGGGUAUCAUUGUACUUUCUUAAAGAACAUGACAUGUAGACUACAAUUUUGGUGUAGACAUCGAAUAAUCAUCCAAUAUUUCCUCCAUCGGGCUUAUGAUGAGCUUAUCUUUAAAUAAUAA